AUGGCGUCUUUGAAGGUUGGAGUGAGCAUCCACGGUCAUACUCCAACCAACGGAGUAAUCCUCACCAACGGUUUACCGCCUCACAGUGACGUGGAGGUGACUCUGGGCCACGAACUGCGAUGCACAGCGGAGUUUCGUCCUCCGGCAGGGUCUCUCAAGCUGAAGAGUUUGACUCAUCCGACAUUCCGACUUCUCGAAAUCGGAGAGCUAAGAGUAAACCACUGCUACGAUUCACCACCGUCUUGGCAAAAUGUCGCAAGGGCUUCUUUGAUUCUGGACCAAGGCGACACUCGCACGACUCACCAUGGAGACUGUCUCAGACUGUGUAUUGACAACGCGAGAAAAGUGUCCACAGACGCUGAAGACCGGGUGCAGAGAGAGCGGCGACAGAAGAAUGACGGUACACUCGUCAUUCGUGGAAAGAAGGUUCCGUCGCGAAAUGUAGGCGGCGUUGGUUUUGUUGUGCACCCAUCUGUCGUCCAUCUUGCCGAUUCUCACGAGAUCCUAUCACCUCGCCUGGCCAUUGUUCGCCUGCGCCCCCUGCGCCAAAAAUCCGUCAGUAUCAUCAACUGCUACUCGCCAUCAUCAGCAGCUGAUGAAUCCGAAUUGGACACGUUUUACGAGGAGCUGGAGGAAAUGAUCCGCAACGAGAAGUCCUAUUAA